ACUACAGCUCCCAGAGAGCAGCGCGGGUGCCGCUGUCAUCGUUGGCGCCGCGCUGGGGGCGCGGGCCGUGCUGGCCCGGGAGCGGCGGGGGCCGCGGCGGGGCCGCCAUGGAUCUGUUCGGGGACCUGCGGCGCAUGAACAAGCGGCAGCUGUAUUACCAAGUCUUAAAUUUUGCUAUGAUUGUGUCUUCUGCCCUGAUGAUCUGGAAAGGGCUGAUCGUGGUGACUGGCAGUGAGAGCCCCAUUGUGGUGGUGCUCAGAGGAAAUGGGAACAUCAAAUUUCUGACUAAAGGGGAUAAUAAUGAAGUUGAUGAUAGAGGCUUGUACAAAGAAGGUCAGAACUGGUUGGAGAAGAAAGAUGUUGUUGGAAGAGCAAGAGGGUUUUUGCCCUAUGUGGGAAUGGUAACUAUAAUAAUGAAUGACUACCCAAAAUUUAAGUAUGCUCUGCUGGCAGUGAUGGGAGCAUAUGUACUGCUCAAGCGGGAAUCCUAAACUUGAGAGCAGGGGGAAACACCCAGGGGGAAACAACUAAUAUAUUUCAGAUGGUUUCAUUUCUGUAUACAGUUACAAAACUGUGCAAGCUUUUGUCUUGUCUGAAUAAACGACUCCUAAUGAGUGAAGCUGUUGGCUGCUGGCUAAUUCCAAAAUGAUGUAUUUAGCACCUUCUGCAGACUGCUCUCAGCUAGUCUGGCACUGACUGGGGGGACUGUCGUGCUGGAGCAGCCAAGGGCUCUCCUGCCAUGCUGCAGUGGGUUUGACUGGCUGCUGCUGCAUCUGAUCCCACUUUUUCCCUCCUGUUGGUUUUGGGGGUUAUUUUUCAUCUGUCACUGCCCUCUUUUCUCCACGAUACAUACUGUUUUGGUCAGUGCUUGUAAGGACACAGAAUCUCUGAACAGGCAGUAAGUUCUAGGAGUUUAGUCAGACUUAUGCCUAAGUUGGCUGGUUGUGGCUGCCAAAAACAGCCAGGAAGGGGAGUUGCGCUCCAACUUGGUACUGAGCAGUGGGGACUCACAGCUUUUUCCUUGAAUUUGAAAUUUGCUCCUUCACGGGUGAGGAAAAAAUGCAGAUGGCCUGAUUUUUAGAGGCCUGGUUUUUAGGGACUGUUUGUGUUGCUAGCGCUCGGGCUGUUGAUGAUCUGCCUUUUGUGUUCUAGCUCUUAAACUAACCCAACAAAAAGGUUUUCUGGGGCUGUAAUAACACUUGUAAAUUACUGAAUGAAUAGCACAGUAGUACACUUCAGAGAUAUUGCCAAGACGGGGAAACCAGAACUCUUAUGCCAGUUUGGAGAAUGUAUUGUUCUCUCCUAUCAUAUGACAACUGAAUAGUGUUAAACAUAAAAUUGAUUUUUCAUUUAAAAACUUACCUGAUAACUGUCUUUUAUGAAAUUUGGUAUUUUUCUCUUAUCUUCAAAUGUCAGUGUUGCAUUUUCAACAAAGCAGAACUUGUUUUCCUUGCUGGCUUUGUUUUUGUAGCUUUGAUAAGGAACAGCAUGAUGCUUUUUUCCUCUGGAGUUCUGUUUCUUCUGUAAUCCCUUACCUCUGCAAAAAUACUCUAUUAUACAAUAAUGACACCUUUUCUAUUGUAACAGCUCAUGGUCAGCAGACAACUGCUGAAUUUCUCCAAGUAAUAUUACUUCUUUUGUGUCCUACUAAGCGGUUUUCAUGUCCAACUGUAUUAUAAAAGUUACUUAUUUUGUGUCAAAUUAUAUAGACAUAAAAUUGAGUAUAAUAAAUGGCA